AUGAUGGAUGCAUCAUCAAAUCGAAUUGUUUUAUUUGGUGGUGAUUUAAAUAUACGUGAAAAAGAACUUGAAAAAGUAGGCAAUGUUCCAUCAGGUAUUGUUGAUCUUUGGAUUGAAACAGGCAAACGUAAAGAAUGUGCUUAUACAUGGGAUAUGAAUCGAAAUACAAAUGUUUAUUAUUCAUCUACUGAAUAUCGACCACGAGCUCGAUUUGAUCGUCUUUAUUAUCGUCCAUCAACACAAACUACAAUUCAUUUUCAACCAGUCUAUUUUGAAUUAGAAGGUCUGGAAAAAUUACUAUCGAUCAAACGUUAUUGUUCGGAUCAUUGGGCUAUUCUAGCAUAUUUUGAUAUAUAA